UCUCGUUGCACCUGAGUUGUUGACAGUUGUGCUAAGAAUACCAGACGCUGCUGUUAAAAAGAAAGAAAGUAGAUAGGGCUUGAACUGUGCUGCUUGCGGUUAUGGCUGAAGUUUUUGCGGGCCGCUUACUUGUAAAUAAAGACGGAGACCUGGUGGACCCUGAAGAGGCUCUCCGGAAUAAAGUAGUGGGUUUGUAUUUCUCCGCUGGCUGGUGCCCGCCUUGUCGAGACUUCACCCCGCUUCUGUGUGACUUCUAUACAGAGCUGGUGGAAGAAAGUGAACCUCCUGCUCAGUUCGAGAUAGUCUUUAUUUCAUCUGAUAAAUCCACUGAAGACAUGGUGGAAUAUUAUCAUGAAAUGCAUGGAGACUGGCUUUCUCUGCCCUGGAAUGACCAGUACAAACAUGAAUUGAAAAAGAGGUACAACAUCACAGCUGUCCCCAAGCUGGUGAUUGUGAAGGAGAAUGGGCAGGUGAUCACUGACAAAGGCCGGAAGCAGAUCCGAGAUCAAGGCCUGGCCUGCUUUAGGAGUUGGUUGGAGGUGGCUGAAAUCUUCCAAAACUUUAAAUGCUAGCUAGUGCAUUAGCUUGUUCGAAGGGCUGAUGAAGAAAUGUAGCAACUCGCACUUUAAGAGGGGGGCCAGAAGUUGGUUUAGAAACAAUGUUUUUAAUGCUUUUGCUACGUAUUUAUGCUCCUGUCUUUGUUCUUUUUAAUGUAUUCUCAGUUUUAGGAAAAAUAAUGACUGUGUGUUGUGUUGAAGAAUGAAGCUUUACUGCUACUCAGGGACCAUUUGUUGUGUCUAACACUGUCAUGGUGCUACACAUUCCCCAGCGUUUCAUUAAAGCACUGUGAUUUAAUCCUGAAA